AUGGAAGGCGGCCGAGACGAGCACCACCACCUCCACCACCACCGCCGCCCGAACUUCCCCUUCCAACUCCUUGAACUCAAAAACGACAAUUCCUCCUCCUCCUCCUCCCCCACACUCGAUAUCCCUUCUUCCUCCACAAACCCUAACGACAACAACAACAAUAACACCAUCUCCGGCGAACCCUCGGCCAAGAAACCGCCGCCGAAACGAACUUCCACCAAAGACCGCCACACAAAAGUCGACGGCCGAGGGCGCCGCAUCCGCAUGCCGGCUCUCUGCGCUGCCCGGGUUUUCCAACUCACCCGAGAGCUCGGCCACAAGUCUGAUGGCGAGACCAUCGAGUGGCUCCUACAACAGGCAGAGCCGGCCGUCAUCGCCGCCACCGGAACCGGAACUAUUCCGGCGAACUUCACCUCUCUCAACAUCUCCCUCCGGAGCUCCGGCUCCACCAUGUCCGUCCCGUCUCACCUCCGAUCGGCUGCCUACAACUUCGGCUCGCCCGCCUACGCUGGUGGUUACCCGCACCGCCGGGGGAUGUUCGCCGGUGGGAUCGGGAUGUUGCCGGAGAGUUCCUCCCCGGCGGCCACGAUGCUCAAUUUCGGGGCGGUCGGGCUAAACCCUAAUUUUAUGGAGGCGAAGCAUGAGAUUAGGGAGAAUCACAAUAAUAGUAAUUCCAUUGAUUUGACGGAGGAGGGUUUUGGGAGGAAGAGGAGGGCGGAGCAGGAGUUUCUGCCGCAGCCGCCGGCAGCGGCGGGCCACCAGAUGGGGAGCUACUUACUGCAGUCGAGCGCGGCGGGGGCUAUGCCGGCGAGCCACGCGUCGAUCCCGGCGAAUUUCUGGAUGGUGGCGAAUUCCGGCGGGAACCAGGCGGCGGCAGGCGGCGGAGAUCCGAUAUGGACGUUCCCGUCGGUAAAUAUGGGGAGCAACUCGGCGGCGGCGGCGGUGUACAGGGGGACGAUGUCGAGCGGGCUGCACUUCAUGAAUUUUCCGGCGCCGGUGGCGCUGCUGCCGAGUCAGCAGCUGGGUGGCGGCGGCGGCGGGAUGGGAGAAGGGCAGUUGGGGAUGCUGCCGGGGCUGAAUCCGUACAGGGCGGGGGUUGGCGGCGGAGUCUCGGAUGGGAUGGGCUCGGGUAAUUGGGCCGUGUGGGGGCCCAUACCUUAUCAGCUUCCAGGUGUUGGCUCAGGUGGUGGGGGCCACAUGCCGGAAAUCAGCUUGAUCCUCGUUUUUUGGGUGAAACAGUAUUAG